AUGUCAAAAGCUGUCGGUAUUGAUUUAGGUACAACAUAUUCAUGUGUCGCUCACUUCUCAAACGAUAGAGUGGAGAUUAUCGCUAAUGACCAAGGUAAUAGAACGACACCUUCGUACGUUGCAUUUACUGACACCGAAAGACUAAUUGGUGACGCUGCUAAGAAUCAAGCUGCAAUGAAUCCACACAAUACGGUUUUCGAUGCCAAACGUUUAAUAGGUCGUAAGUUUGACGAUCCAGAAGUAACGAGUGAUGCUAAACAUUACCCAUUCAAAGUGAUCGACAAAGGAGGCAAACCGGUAGUGCAAGUGGAAUAUAAAGGGGAAACGAAGACUUUUACUCCAGAAGAAAUUUCCUCCAUGAUCUUAACAAAGAUGAAAGAAACUGCUGAGAACUAUUUGGGUACAAAAGUAAACGAUGCUGUGGUAACGGUUCCGGCUUAUUUCAACGAUUCGCAAAGACAAGCAACUAAGGAUGCUGGUACAAUUGCCGGUUUAAAUGUCUUACGUAUUAUUAACGAACCUACCGCUGCUGCCAUUGCCUACGGUUUAGACAAGAAAACUCAAAAGGAACACAACGUGUUAAUAUUUGACCUGGGUGGUGGUACUUUCGAUGUCUCUCUAUUAUCAAUAGAUGAAGGUGUUUUUGAAGUUAAAGCUACCGCGGGUGAUACUCACUUAGGUGGUGAAGAUUUCGAUAAUAGGCUGGUCAACUUCUUAGCUGAUGAGUUUAAAAGGAAAAACAAGAAGGAUUUGACAACUAACCAAAGAUCAUUAAGAAGACUUAGAACUGCUGCCGAAAGAGCAAAAAGAACCUUGUCUUCAUCUGCUCAGACGUCUGUAGAAAUUGACUCAUUAUUUGAAGGUGUUGAUUUCUACACUUCAAUCACAAGAGCUAGAUUCGAGGAAUUAUGUGCCGACCAAUUCAGAUCUACAUUAGAGCCAGUUGAGAAAGUUUUGGCUGAUUCAAAAUUGGACAAGUCACAAAUCGAUGAGAUCGUCUUGGUCGGUGGUUCAACAAGAAUUCCAAAAGUGCAGAAACUAGUCUCCGAUUUCUUUAACGGUAAAGAACCUAAUCGUUCAAUUAAUCCAGACGAGGCUGUUGCUUAUGGUGCUGCUGUUCAAGCUGCUAUAUUAACGGGCGAUCAAUCUUCGACAACUCAAGAUUUGCUAUUGUUAGAUGUUGCGCCAUUAUCCCUGGGUAUUGAAACUGCAGGCGGAAUCAUGACAAAGUUGAUUCCAAGAAACUCAACUAUUCCAACAAAAAAAUCGGAAGUAUUCUCUACUUACGCCGAUAACCAACCUGGUGUUUUGAUUCAAGUCUUUGAAGGUGAGAGGACUAGAACAAAGGACAAUAAUUUGUUGGGUAAGUUCGAAUUGAGUGGUAUCCCACCCGCUCCAAGAGGUGUCCCACAAAUUGAAGUCACAUUUGAUAUCGAUGCAAACGGUAUUUUAAACGUAUCUGCUGUCGAAAAAGGUACUGGUAAAUCGAACAAAAUUACAAUCACCAAUGACAAAGGUAGAUUAUCAAAGGACGAUAUCGACAAAAUGGUUGCUGAAGCAGAAAAGUUCAAGGCUGAAGACGAAGAGGAAGCCGGACGUGUUCAAGUUAAAAAUCAGCUAGAGUCAUACGCCUUUACUUUAAAAAAUUCUGUAAACGAAAGCAACUUUAAGGAAAAAGUAGGUGAAGAAGAUGCGAAAAAGGUAGAAACGGCUGCUCAAGAUACCAUUGAUUGGUUAGAUGCUUCACAGGCGGCCUCCAGUCAAGAAUACAAGGAGAAGCAAAAGGAAUUAGAAGCUAUUGCCAACCCUAUUAUGACUAAAUUUUAUGGGGCUGCGGGUGGUGCUCCAGGAGGAGGUCCUGUCCCAGGAGCUGGUCCAGACCCAACCGGUACACCAGAUAAAGGCCCAACAGUAGAAGAAAUCGAUUAG